AUGUCUUCGCGGUCAUCUCGCCCGCCAGCUGUCGUUACCAAUGAAACAGUUGUUUCAUCGCCGGCUCCUGAUUCCGGUCAUCAGCCCCCUUCUGUCGCGCCUACACCACGUGCAGGCGUCCGCAACCCGCCACCUGCCGCACCAUCUGGUCGCAGUGACGGACCUACCACUCCAUCUGCUACGCUGCCUGGUCGUGGGACCGGGCGUGAGGCGCCUACCUCUACGCCACAUGGUCGUGGAGCCGGACGUGUCGCGUCCUCUGCCGCUCCAUCUGGUCGUGGAGCCGGACGUGUCGCGUCCUCUGCCGCACCAUCUGGUCGUGGCGCUGGUCAACUUCCGGUCUCUGCCGCGCCACCCGGGCGAGGUAUAGGGCGCCGCGCCCCUGAUUCCGUGCCCCGGGCCCAGCGUGUCGGCCGCUACGUACCGUCGGACUCCCUCUUCCAGGCACUGGAAGAGGCGGCCGCCAACAAUGCGCCGGCCGCCGAAUUUCGAGCGAUCGCCUUGCGCGACGUCCAACGCUCUCGCGUCGCGGUCUCCGAAAAGUUCAAACUUUUCAUCCCGUGUGGCGCCGUCGCCGCGUCCCUUCAACUGGAUGAAGUCAUGCUCUCUAUUCACAUGGAGGACCAGUCGGCUCUAUGGAAGGACUCGCUUCCAACGCUGUGCGACUUCAUCCGCAUCCCGUCCAAGGGCAUCCGAUUUACGUGCACGUCGCGCGAUGUGGCCGUCAAGCUGGGAGGCUCGUCGGUGCGCAUCUUCGGUGCCCAGCACAUUAUCAAGAAGUUUAGUCUGUACGAGCGUCUGUACACGCUGAACCUCACCCGAAUCCCCUCCGACCUGGAUGACGCCCUCAUCUUUGACUUCUUCGCGACUCGGGGUCUUCAUGUCCUCGUCACCGCCACGCACCAGGUCGGAGGCAUGACUUCUCGGGACCGCACGGUCUGGUGCACAACCGAGGAGUGCCCGUCGGCGCUCUUUCUUCCUGAUGGGUCCGCUCUUCGCGAGAUCUACUUCGACGGCUUCGCCGACCCCGUGUUUGUCCAGCACAAACAGCGGUCGCUCAACACGAAGCCACCUUCUCUUAUCAAGCGCGACCUAGACCGCAUGGCAACCGCGGAGGCGCAACGGGCUGCGUCUCGGGCCGCGGCGGUGGUGGCCUCAGGCCCCCGUGUUGCCAGUACGGCUUCAACCGCCUCCUCUUCACCGCAGUCUAUCGGUGCGUCUCCGGCCUCUGUAGCGGUAGACCCUGACGACGUGCGCCUUGAUAUCGUCAAGCCUGAAGCCUCGGCAUCCCUUCUCGACUGGACGGUUGUCACGCGCCCUAUCGUUUGCAGCCAACCGGAGUCCCGCCCUCCGGCUACAGCAAUUACUUGUGGUGCAUCCCUUCUUAAGGACGAGAGGAUGGUCUUUGGCAUUCCUGCACCCCCCACCGACUUUGAAUUGGCGUUCGCGGAAGACUGCCAAGACGUCGAUGUGGAUGUCUUCCUCGACGGCGAUGCUACGAUUGCUCCGGUCACACCGUCAUGUGAAGUCGGACAACUCAUCGCGUCGCACUCACUACUCACCGUCAGCCGCACCAAAAUGAAGAGGUCUCGCUUCAAAGGCCUCGCCAGCGGCGCACAGACUGACUUCCUUUCCGUGGGGGACCCGGAGGGACGCCUGGCCUCUAUCACAGCCCAGCCUUUAAUAAUCGCACCAGUGCUCCAUGACCUCACUCCUGAAUCCACCCGGGUGGUCGUUGAGCAUGCUGUCCUCCGGGCCUACAGUGGGUUCCCCGCGGUCACCCACACUACGUCACGCCAGCUUGCACCUCGCAUCCGCGUCGAUUUUCCGGAUGGCAGCCCUGCCGCAGACGAGAUUUUGGCACACGUCUACCCCAGCACUCCACAACGGGAGAUGGCCCAAGCGUACGCAUCUGUCGAUCUCUUCUUUCGCACGCAUGCAUCCCGCAUCUACAAUGAUCCUUUUAAGGUCGGAACGAUUGCAGGCUUAAAAGCACCCGAUUGCCUCCCCUAUUCCGACUUUAUUUUGUGGUCGGACACAGUCCUUCACGCGCUCUGUCACAGUGACUUUACUGAAGGGCUCGAGGGGACUCUCCCAUUCCACGUGGAGGCAUCUCUCGCUCUCAUUCGCUCUACGUCUGACGACGACAUGGCCUCCGACUCGGAAUCCUCGGAAACCUCAUCAGAUGGUAUGCAGGCUCUCUAA